CACUGAGAGUGCAUUGUUUUGCAGGCUGGUGGGUUUGCUUUCUGCAGAACACCAAGAAUUGUCCAGCUGGUGUCGAAAACCCUCAGUUCCUCACACCUGAGUUCCUCACCCAGUGUGAAGCAUGUGACAAAGGCAGAAAAACCACAUCCACAUCCCCCAGAUAUGCAGCAGCAGAGGGGCUGAGCUCACUUCUGCAGCCUCAGGAAGAAUGGUGCUCAGAUCUGGAGCAGCACCCUCUGUCCUUCUCAUGUUAUCAUUGCUUCUAGCAGCAAAACAGGGCAGUGUGAGCACCUGCUGGAAGCAGGAAUGACUACAGGAGCUUCAUUCACCCAACACUUCCAGGGAGAUAAGAACUGGGAUUUAGCCAUCCCAUUGGGAGUAAUGGGCCUGUGCAAUCCCUGCUUCAUCUCUGGCGUCCUGGCAGCCAUCUUAGUGCAAUAAAUGGAACAGCCUUGUGUGUGCCCACAGCCUCUGGGUCCUUUCCCCUGAGAGACAAAGCAGCUCUAUUUCCAGCACAUGUUUGGUAGUGUGUUUUGCAUUUCACUUGUUUCUUCCGAGCAUGAAAGAAAUAGCAUUUGCUAUGCUUAUAGAGAGAGAGCUCUGGCGCAGCACGUAUGCCUGUUGCUCAGUGUGUAGCACACACACGUCUCCCACCCAGUGUAUGAAAUGACUGCAAGUUCUGGCAAAGGAUCAGCUCCGGGUUCCCAAAAAAAUUGCUCCUCUGAGUGCCUGCAGGACACACUGCUGCUCCUCCACGUUUCCUCUGGGAAACUGUUCCUCCACAAACACUUGUGAUGCUUUUCCCGAGUACGACUCCAAAUCCUAUUUUUCCCCUGAGGCAGGAGAGGUCACCUCAAAGCUACUGUAGGAGAAAAUGUUUACAACUGCGUCUGUCAAUUUGGUGUUGGGCAUUUUCCAAGGCCAUGAUGGUCUGAGGUUGAGAUUUUCUUCUAUUUGUUUUCUCUUUGGGUGGUUGGCUUUGUUUUCUGAUAUUUGGGGAUUGUUUUCCUUCCUCUCUUUCUUUCUUUUUGGAGAAAAUUGGGCUUUGCUGAGUCUCGUAAACUGGAAUGGGAAACUAUCAUUGUGUAGGAGUGAUGAUUCAUUGGAACUGUCAAUUCAGGUCUUCACUGGAAGCAGCCCUUGGGAUCUGGGCAUGAUGCAGGUAGGUGAGCUCAGCAGAAUGACAUUUCUGUUUCCAGCUCCAGGAAAUGGAAAAUUUGCUCAGGUCUUCUUGAGUUUUAAUUGAAUUAGAUCUAUAAAUGUGCCUGAAGAUUUCCUGCGCAAACAUUACCUUCUGAAGAACACCCUAAAGAAGGCAGACAGACUGCAAGGGCAAAGGGCAAUCCUGUGGGGUCAGAAGGAAGAAAUCCUCUUUGCCAUAAACACAUGGACAUAUCUGGUGACCCAUGUCCUCCUGCCAGAAUGGGAAGACCACAUCUGUCCCAUUCAACAGAGGAAUCUCAUACAUUUCUAUGAGGGUAACGCCCCACCAAAACCACACUGAUUGACCUGGAGUCCUGACCGACCAGAAGCACUGCCAGGAUUUGUCUCCAUCCAAAUCACUGUUCCUAGGGCCAUCAGGUAGAGCUGCUUUGCUAUGGGAAGUUGAAAAAGGAGCAAAAAGAAACUCCUGGAGCUGCUCUCAUUGCUCACCAGAAAUCCGCUUUGCUCAUCCUUAGUGGGGGAAGGUCAGUUGACAGAAAUAAACAUUUAUUAUGCUUCUAACAGAAGAUCUGAAGAGCUAUUUACAGUGCUGUCCUUGCCCAAAAAAAUGAAAGGAGGAAAUGCUUCUGCGCUCCUCCAUGCAAUUCCCAUCUUAGUAAGAUGUGUUUGAUUUGGACAGAUGACAGGCAUUAGUGAAUUGUUUCCUGCAGAGGACACACAGAUGGGCAAAAGGAGCUUAGAAUAUGGUUAACCAAGAGAACAGAGUAAUUGCACCAUUGUCAAACUCACUGGAAACCCCAGAAAUAUAGAUGGGAAGCCCAGCUGUCCUAAGGGAGUUAUUUAGGCCUAUCUAAUGCUCAGACUGUUUAAAUGUUGAAAAAUUGGCCAUUGUCCCCCAUUGUCAUGAUUUCUCCAUGGUCUUAUUUAAUAUUUUUGAUGUUGGUGAUGUAAUUAUGAGCAGGCAGGUUUAACCUGGCAGCACACAGCUACGUGUGAGCAUGGAGAGGGGAAAAAUCCCAAAGCCAACUGUAGAUAAAUGAGUGCACAAACAGCGCAGUCACGGAUGGAUCUGUGGAUGAAUCUGCCCCAUGUCAGUUGUCACUGUACCUUCCUCUCAAAGGCCACCCCAACAUGUUGUUUUUCAUGUCAGCCAUUGAAAACAGCACCAACAUGGAGCACAGCUGCUCCUUCUGAGCAUUCAUGGGUUUAUAUACCUCCCCUCAACAGGAGAAGGUGGGUAUGGUUUGCUCUUGUGGAGUGUGGAGGUGAAUCACAAUGGGAGGAGAAACUAUGUCAUAAUUCCAUCAGCUGGGGGUUGGAAGAGGGGAACCUCUCACCUGAAGCCUUUCUAGUGUGACCAGAAGGCUGCAGAGACUUUCCUCCAUCACAUCUGGGGCUGAAGGCACUCAGGCACAUGGAAGGAAGAAUGCAGACCUGAGAUCCCUCUGCAAUCACCCACUGCCUCCCAACCAGAGAUGACCACGCUCCUCAACGACUCAUUGUGCCAACAUGCCAUUGAUGACUUCCGAAACCGCGUGUACUCCACGCUGUACUCCAUGAUUAGCAUUGUGGGCUUUGCUGGCAAUGGCGUUGUGCUCUUUGUGCUCAUCAGGACAUUCCGGCAGCGGACGGCCUUCCAAGUAUACAUGCUCAACCUGGCCAUGUCUGACUUCCUCUGUGUGUGCACCCUCCCCCUGCGUGUGGUCUAUUACAUCCACCAAGGGCACUGGGUCUUCAGUGACAUCCUAUGCAGGCUCAGCUCCUAUGCUUUGUACGUCAACCUCUACUGCAGCAUUUUCUUCAUGACUGCCAUGAGCUUCUUCCGCUGCAUAGCCAUCGUUUUUCCAGUCCAGAACAUCAAUUUGGUCACAGAGAGGAAGGCGAAAUUCGUCUGCAUCGGGAUCUGGAUUUUUGUUACCCUGACGAGCGCUCCUUUUCUGUUAAAUGGGACUUACCAACGCGGCAACAAGACCAAGUGCUUUGAACCCCCAGAAGACAGCCAGAAGACUAACAUAAUUGUGAUCCUGGAUUUUAUCGCCCUCUUUUUGGGCUUCAUUCUCCCCUUUAUCACCAUUACCAUCUGCUACACCAUGAUCAUAAGGACCCUCCUGAAGAACUCCUUGAAGAAGAACCAGGCCAACCGCAAGAAGGCCAUCUGGAUGAUCAUCAUCGUGACGGCCACCUUCCUGGUGAGCUUCACCCCAUACCAUGUCCUACGCACCGUCCACCUGCAUGUCCUGCGGCUGCGGCGCUCCAGCUGUGAGGACACAGCCUACCUGCAGAAGUCGGUUGUGGUGACACUGCCAUUGGCCGCAGCCAACUGCUGCUUUGACCCAUUGCUCUACUUCUUCUCAGGGGGCAACUUUCGGAAGAGGCUGACCACCUUCAGGAAGGCUUCCUCCUCCAGCAUCACACAAGCCUUCAGGAAAAAGUUCUCCCUGAAAGAGAAAGACGAUGAACCCUUUGGGGAAAGCCAAAAGGAGAAUGGGAAUGCCCCUGUGGUUGCUUCGUAAUGCGGUGUGAUCUUCCCGUGGGAUCUCAGAUAGGAAUGGAGAUCUCUAAACUCUUCCAAGAGAUGUGAACCUCUGCUGAAUCCCAAAAUAGACACAAAGUUAUUUACACGGCAGAGGUCAAGAUAAUUCCUGCCCCGCUCCCAGAUGCUUUUGCUUUGGACUUCAGUUUCAAAAUGCAGUGUGCAUGUGGGGCUCACAGGAUCAGUGCCUGUAUGUGGAAAUCCUGGGUCGGGGCUCAUCCCUCUCCCCCACCCUGCAGGCAGCAGCCCUGGGUGCUGGGGCAGCAUGUCUGCAGGGGCUGAGCAGCAGCAACUUCAGGGGAACUGCCCACAGUGUGUAGCCUGGAUGCAUUUCUGGAGACACAGUGGUGCCUUUCUGUUGCUGAGAGGGGUAAGGAUUGGAUGUGAUUACUUCUUUGCCCAAGGAGGUUGUGGAAGCCCCAUCCCUGCAGGCAUUCAAGGCCAGGCUGGAUGUGGCUCUGGGCAGCCUGGUCUGGUGGUUGAUGACCCUGCACAUAGCAGGGGGUUGGAACUGGAUGUGUGCUGUGGUCCUUUGCAACCCAGGCCAUUCUAUGAUUCUAUGGUUCUGAAUUCCUACAGAAACAUUCUUUGUGGGAGCACCUUCAAAGUUAUGGUAGCCCAGCAUGCAUUUGAAAUAUAUUAUAAUGGGGCUGGUCUUGUAAGUGAUGGUUGUGAGACCUGGGUUGUCACUUCAGUUCUUCAUGAGAUCUGCCUAAAAGAGCUGUUUGCCUGGAGCCUGGAUCGCGAUCAGGCCUUCCUGAAGUACUGAUUAAAUUUAAGAAAAAAUACAGUGGUAGACAUAGUUUGUAAAAAUAGCCAACCAUGAUGGGCACCUGGUCCUAUUCAGAAGUGCUCUUGUUAACACCUUGCAGAAAAGCUGCAACCUGAGGCUCUGCGGGGACCUAGGUUGAACUGGCCACUGAGAGCCUGAGAACUCACAGGGAGCUGUGACUGAUGUCAUUCUGAGCUCAGGGUGAUGGAAACACAGACUGGGAAGAGAAACUUCCAGAUCCUGGGCCUAAGGAGCCAUUCCUGUGGUUAAACCCAAUGUAAAUGAAUCAGUGUUGCUCUGCUUUGGUGACCUGCCCAAAAUAAGGACACUGUAUCAGACAGAAAUGGUCUUAAUCCUACAGGAAUCUUGUAGUCGAAAACCAGCAGUUGCUAAUGAACGGCAGCGGGACAGUAUUUAAGAGGUUACUUGGUGUCAUUCUAAGGAAAGGAAUGAUGUUACAUGCAGAGAGAAAGAGCGCUGGGUUUUGUUUUGUGUAAUGGGAAAGGCUGUUAAAAAGAAGAAUUAAAUGGAAAUGUUGCAACUUGU